CUAGUCCACACGAGAAGAUUCGCCCGCGACAAGUCGCCGCGGUUAGAAAAUCAAGAGUAGCGGCGACAAAGCGCAUGAAAAAAACAGGCAUAAAAAACGAAGCGAUUUGGCUCACGCGCGACUAUGUUUCCCAUGGUGCAUCUCAGUACUUCCUCCGCCCAAACUGUAUUAUGGGUAGAGGACGGAAGUACCAACAGUACAGUGUUGUUGUUGCUGGCGUGUUUACUUCGGCGUGUUUUCGCAGCGUCUUUUGAAAAUGGAAGCAGAUUUGGCUGCUGUGUUUUUUUUGGUUUACUUAUAUUUCUAUUUGCUAGAGAAAGAUAAACAGGAAAGGGCUGCUGCUGCUAGAAAAUAUUGGGUUCAUCCCUUAACUGAUCAGCGGCUAAGGAAUGGACAAUUUCAUGUUUUAUAUGGUGAACUUCGCAACUAUCCUGAUAAAUUCUUCAAGUAUUUCAGAAUGUCGAUUGCAAGUUUUGAUGAACUUCUCAGCAUUGUAAAAACAGGACUGUGUCGUGCCCAAAGUUUGAUGAGGGUUUCAAUCUCACCAGAGGAGCGGCUGUGUGUGACACUAAGGUUUUUAGCGACUGGACAGUCAUUUGCUUCUUUGUACUUUCAAUUCCUAAUUGGUCGAAGCACUAUAAGCAACAUUGUAAGAGAAACAUGUCAGAUUAUUUGGACUGAGCUGCAAAGAAUUGUCAUGCCGCCCCCAAAUGAAAAUGCUUGGCGUACCAUUGCUGAAGAUUUUUACAAACACACCAAUUUUCCUAAUUGCUUGGGGGCCUUGGAUGGAAAGCACAUCAGAGUUACAAUGCCAUUCAAAAGUGGAUCAAAGUACUUUAAUUACAAAAAAUACUUUUCAGUUGUCCUUCUGGCUAGUGUUGAUGCCAAUUAUUGCUUCACUAUCAUUGAUGUGGGAUCCUAUGGAAGCACUGGUGAUGCCAGUGCUUUCCGGCAUUCGGCAUUGGGACGCAGAUUAUCAGAAGGGUCACUUGGUAUAACCUCUUCCUAG